AUGGAGCUCCAGGUCACUGCUAAAUAUAAAGAUUUAAAUGAAGACCGCCCCAAUCCCUUGCCACAUUUGAAAUGGGAACUGCUGCGUAUAUGGGACUUGGCCUCGGGAAAUCUCAAGCUUUCCCUUACAGGGCACAUAUCAACAGUACGUGGCUUGGCAGUUUCGGAUCGACAUCCUUACCUAUUCUCAGCGGGUGAGGAUAAGCAGGUCAAAUGCUGGGAUUUGGAACAGAACAAAGUCGUUAGACAUUACCAUGGGCAUCUAUCUGCUGUAUAUUCACUUGCUUUGCAUCCAACCUUGGAUAUCCUCAUUACUGGAGGAAGGGACUCCGUAGCCAGAGUAUGGGACAUGAGGACCAAGCAACCCAUCCAUGUUCUGACCGGCCACACGGCAGCCGUCAAUGCUGUCAUUUGCCAAGCCCCUGAGCCUCAAGUAGUGACAGCCUCAAACGACUCUACCGUAAGGCUAUGGGACUUGGCAGCUGGAAAAACGAGGGUGACAUACACGUUUGCUGCCGGGUCCCCAGAUCGAGUCAAAAAGUAUCUUUUUCCGCACGGCGAAUUCCUGCACGACUUUAUCGAAGGGGGCCCCCUUCCUUGUGUAAUUAAUGCCAUGGCAAUCUCUGAAGACAAUGUUAUGGUUACAGGGUCAGAUGAUGGGGCUCUCACAUGGUAUGACUGGCGGUCCGGCCGUGGGUUUCAGCGGGAGCAAUCCAUCCCACAACCGGGAUCCCUUGAUUCUGAAGCCGGAAUUUUUGCCGCAACUUUUGAUCGCUCCGGAUUGCGUUUGAUCACCGGCGAGGCUGACAAAAGCAUAAAGAUCUGGAAAGAAUCGUCGACCGAUUAUGACCAGUAA